AUGAGAGUUAAGACUAGCACCGCCCUCACCGGCAUUCUCGCCGCCACCGCCGCCACGGCGCAAAACGCAACGAGCACCUGCGCGACCGGCGUGUACAUCAUCGUGGCCCGCGGCAGCAACGAAGCUCCCGGAUCCGGCAGAAUCGGCAGCGUCGCCAAUGGCACUUUCGCAGCCAUUCCCGGGUCCCAGAUCGCGCCGCUCGACUACCCGGCGACGUUUGACAACUACUCGACCUCCGUCGCCGCGGGCGCUGUGGCUUUGAACGCCGCGUUGACCUCGUACAACGCGCGAUGCCCGAACUCCAAGGUUGCGCUGUUGGGAUACUCUCAGGGUGCGCAAGUGACAGGUGAUACUCUGUGCGGCAGCGUCGACGAGGACGAGGGCGAGGCUCUCAACAUUGAGUUCAAUCAGACGGCGCCCGUUCCCGCAUCCGUCGUCGACCAAAGUGUCAUCGCCGUGAUUCUUUUCGGGGACCCAACCCACAACGUCAGCGCAAGUUGGAACAAGGGCACGAGCAAGCGCAACGGACUCUUCCCCCGUGAGAAUGUGACCAAGUGCGAGGCAUACGCGUCCAAGAUCGAGUCGUACUGCGACACGGGAGAUAUCUACUGCGAUCUCGGCAACAACACCGCUGUUCACGGUUCAUACUUUGCCAACUACACCGACGAUGCAGUUGAGUUCAUCUGGGCACAAUACAACGCGUCCAAGUCAUCCAACGGUUCGUCGCCGACUGCCACCCCCACUACAGUCCCGGGAUCCGGAGCUGCCGACUCUGCGCCGGGCCUGCUGAUGUCCCUGGCUGGUUUGUCUAUGCUGGCGGCUUUCAUCUUGUAA